AUGAAGAUCAUGUUCUUAAACCCCGUUGGGGACACCAUAUACAACCAACCCUUUGCCGACAUGGCCCGACGCUACAAAGACCCCAACACGCAGGUAACGAUAGCAUCGCUGCACCAUUCAGCGGGACCAAUGGCCGCAAAAGCCUACGGACCGACACAAACCCUCGUGGCAGCCCAGAUCAUCCAGGCCGCGCACCAAGCCCGAAGGGAGAACUACGACGCAUUCGUGAUCAACUGCUUUGGCGAAUAUGCCCUUAACGAGUCGAGACAGAUUGGCGGCGACAUGCUGGUAAUUGGACCGGCCCAGUGCUCAAUCGAGACCGCGCUGCGACUCGGCCGAAGAUACACGAUGAUCUUGAACGACGAGGCCCAGCGCGAACACAAUGAGGAGGCCUUGCGGGACUAUGGGACCAAAUACCGUCCCGUGUCCUACCGGUCCAUUGGAAUGGGAUAUGAUGAGGACCCAGCCGAAGUGGAGGCCAAGUUGGUUGAACAGGGGAAAUUGGCGGUUGAGCGUGAUGGGGCAGAGGUUUUGCUACUGGCCUGUACGCUGGCACUGGGCUGGCAUGAGAAACUUCAGGAGGCGAUUGGGGUUCCGGUGGUUGAUCCUGCGGUGGCGGCACUGAAGACUGCAGAAUUAGCAGUCCAAAUGAAGAGGAGUUGCGGUUGGGGGAGUUCUAAUGUGGGAGCGUUGAAGUCGCCCACAGAGAUGGAGCUGCAAGGGUUUCGGAUGCUCCAGGAACCGAUCCUUGGUACUGGAGAGUAG